AAAAUGUCUGACUCGCGAGUUCUUCCGCAAAUAUUAGCAGGCUUCUUAGCCAGUUUGAGUGCCGUCUCUGUGGGAUUAAUAUAUGCCUGGCCGACACCAUCACUUCCAAAACUACUUGCAGAAGGUGCUACUUUGCAAUUGACUUCCAGUGAUGGUGCUUGGGUAGUAAGUGCUCUGAAUUUGGGAGGAAUUUUUGGUCCUAUUAUUGCGGCUCUUCUAGUGGAUCGAAUUGGCCGAAAACUGAGUCUCUCCUUCACAGCUGUACCAAUUUUCUUAUCCUGGCUCUUCAUUUAUUUGGGAACAAAUUAUGCAUGGCUCUUUUUUGCAAGAUUUAUCGGUGGAAUUGGAACUGGUGCAAUUUUCGCCCUCCUUCCAAUGUACAUAGGUGAAGUGACACAGGAAAAAGUUCGUGGUGCGCUUGGUGUUCUAAUAACAGUGAUGGUGACUGCAGGAAACCUUAUCACGUACACUGUAGGGCCUUGGGUAACGAGAGAGAUCCUGGCUCUUAUCUCCGCAGUACCAUCCAUUAUAUUCAUUCUAACCUUCAUUUGGAUGCCAGAAAGUCCUUACUAUCUAAUUAUGAAGAAACGAAGUACAGAAGCAGCUAACUCACUCGCUUGGUUACGUGAUACGUUGAUGGUUAAGGAAGAAUUAAGAAGAAUAACCGAACAAGUAGAAAUAGAACAGAAAAGCAAAGGAAAAAUUACUGAAAUUGUAACUGUUCCUGGGAAUAGGAAAGCUAUGAUGAUUAUAUUAGGAUUAUUAUCGGCCCAACAAUUUUCAGGCACCAUACCUCUUCUUUCUUAUGCAACUUUAAUAUUUCAACAAGCAGCGUACAGUUUGCAUCCUAAUAUUUCUGUCAUCAUUGUGGGGGUAGUCACCUUGAUCUUUAGUCUUCUAGCUGUUUUACUUGUCGAUAAAGUAGGUAGAAAGCCACUAUUGCUAUUUUCCUCAGCCGGUACAUGUUUUUGUCUCUGUUUACUCGCUAUUUUCUUUCAUCUUCAAUAUGCAAAUAUGAAUGUCUCCUCGAUAUCGUGGCUCCCUCUGGUGACAAUUAUUUUAUUUAAUGUACCAUACUCCAUGGGUAUCGGUUCUUUACCUAAUGCUGUACUUUCAGAAAUAUUUCCUACGAACGUUAAAGCUUGGGCUACCAUGCUAGCAUCUACGUAUGGUUCUCUCUUAGGCAUGAUACUUAUUAAAUUAUUUCAAGUAAUCAGUGACGCUAAGGAUGUGUUCGCGGCUUUUUAUACAUUAGCUGCAAUAGAAGCUUCAUUCAUUUUCUUUAUAUAUUUUAUAGUACCAGAAACUAAGAAUAAAUCUCUCAAAGAAAUUCAAGAGAUUCUUCAUUCACAUGUCACUAAAUCUAAUGCUAUCAUUCAUACUUGAUUUCUUAGCGCUAUUAUUAUUGUUUUACUUUCUACAUAAUAUCUUGCGGUAUAUCAAGAAAUCAUUCCACAGAGUACAAAAUAAUAUCCUAAAGAUGGAUGACAGUUCUAUGGAUGUAUAAACGUGCCGCAUAUGUCGCAUGGACUUUUUUUACCAUGUAGGCAUGAUUACAUAGUAUGUUACUUAUUGCAAUGAUCAUUAUCAUUUCGAUUGUUAUAUACUUGAUAUUCAGUAAUUGAUGUAUCAGAAACAUAAGUUAAUGAACAUUAAGUAAGGCAAACGUCUCAGUGGCCGAACACGCUAUAUUAACGGACAAAGCGUGUGUGCAAGAGAGAUGGAAGUACGGUUUCUUAUGGACAUUCGGGCACUGAGACGUUCACGUGUACCUUAAUAGAUAAACAGGGAUACGACCGACCAUUCUCGAAGUAUGCUAGCAGUGAAUUUAGAAACGUACCUGUAAUGAGAGAGGCCAAUAUCUUAAGCUAAUGACCUGUCAAAGAUGCUUAUUAAAGAGUUUUCAAGCUUCAUAAUAAACAAAGCUUCUGUCUCUUCUUUCUUUUAAUUGUUGCUUUCAUCUUGGAAGUUUGCUCUAUAUUUUUUGUCUUUAAUUUCUUGUUUUAAAAAAUCCCACUGUAUCUGUCAUUGUGCUCAUACGAAGACGUCGUAGAUUCUCUUCUGGAAUUUUUUUGGGUCUUGUAAAGAAAGGAGCCGAGAAACUCCUUGUCCCUUGCUUUAUUUUUUGCUUCUCAUUUCAGUCAGCAUCAUCAGCAUGACUCAAAAUAAUGUAUUAUUUUCACGUAUGUUGCGUUUUCAAUAAACUACCCUUAUUACCCAGAUACAUAUUUAAUAAAUAUUCUGGCUGAAAAGACAUUUUACAAAUGACAUGUUACAAAUGACUAACAUCACCUGUGUCACGUACAAAGUCAUAAUCAUAUUGUAUAAUGUACAUGGAAAUCACGUGCAGCUAAUAUCAUAUCGUUCAAACGACACUUUAACUCACAAAGUUACAAAAGUCUAAGUUACAAAAUACUCUCGAGUGUCGCCUAGCGAAAUAAAAAAUAUACAGGACUAAGAAAAGUAAAGAUGAAUUAGUAUGUUGUUAGUACUUCUCAUUAUUAAACAAUUCUUGAUUUGGCAAGUUGGACGACCUGGAGCAAUACCACGACUUGUGAAUUUUCAACUAUUUUACUAAAAAUCAUAUAAAGUCACUGCUACAGUAAUCCCAUUGCAUUCUAAAGUACAGUUAUAAUAUUGUUACGUCCUAUGCGUGAGCGACCGUAUGCGGGAGCAUCA